AUGGCGCAAAUACGGGGCACAGCGGGUUACCACCUGGGAAAUCAGAGCCCCUUCGGCAAUGCUGGACGGAACGAUGGCACCACGAAUGACCCGAGUCCGCUCGAUCAGCUCCGGGAGCAGACGAACAAGAUUGAGGACUUCUUGGACACGCUGUCGGAUCCGAUCAAGCCAUACCUCCCAGCCAUCGGCCGGUUCUUGAUCGUUGUCACUUUCCUUGAGGAUGCGCUGCGCAUUCUGACACAAUGGAGCGACCAGCUCACAUACCUCCACGAUUAUCGACACAUCUGGAACGGCUUCACUCACGCAUUCCUCAUCGUCAACGUAGUCGCAAUGACAGUAUGCUCGAUUAUGGUCAUCGCACGGAAACACUCGGAAUACGCUGUAGCUGGUCUCAUGAGCGUUGUGGUCAUGCAGGGUAUCGGAUACGGUCUGGUCUUUGACCUGAACUUCUUCCUCCGCAACCUCUCGGUUAUGGGCGGUCUGAUGAUGGUUCUGUCCGACUCCUGGGUUCGCAAGAAGUUCGCCCCCGCCGGCCUUCCCCAGCUUGACGAGAAGGACAAGAAGAUGUACUUCCAGCUCGCUGGACGUGUUCUUCUCAUCUUCCUCUUUGUUGGCUUCGUUUUUCGCGGCGACUGGGGCUUCUGGAGGAUCAUGGCUAGCCUGCUCGGUCUGAUCGCGUGCGUUAUGGUUGUUGUUGGCUUCAAGGCCAAGUUCUCUGCAAUCAUGCUGGUACUCAUUCUCAGCAUAUUCAACCUUUACGUCAAUAACUGGUGGACCCUGCACCCCCACCACCCCCACAAGGACUUCGCAAAGUACGACUUCUUCCAGAUCCUGUCGAUUGUUGGUGGAUUGCUCCUUCUGGUCAAUAUGGGCCCUGGUCAGUUCUCCGUCGACGAGAAGAAGAAGGUCUACUAG